AUGAUUCCUUCAUCACUUAUUGCUGAUUAUAAUUUAUGGGAUUCUUCCACCAAAUUCCGCCCAAAUAUAAAGGACGUACUAGAGCAACUAAAUCAACCAAUUCCUGAGCAAUACAAGGAUGUAUCAUCAAGUAUUAUUAAUCAAGAACACAUUGCAAAAAUAGCUUAUUGGAUCAGCGGAAGUGAUUCCUGCGAGUUUCAUCUCGCUUUUAGCAGCAACCGGGACGGAAAAACAAUCGACUCCUUUCAUAAGAAGUGCGAUAAUAAAUUGAAAACUAUACUGGUAUUGAAGGUGAAAGGUACGAGUGAAAUUCUAGGCGGGUAUAACCCAAUUGGAUGGAGAAAAGAAAAAUCAACAGGAUACAAAGAAACAAACGAAAGCUUUAUUUUUUCAUUUAAUGAGGGACGCGCAACUAAAAGUUGUGUGAUUAAUCCAAAGAAGGCAAUAUAUUGUAACAGGAAUUAUGGCCCCUCUUUUGGAUUCAGAGAUCUAACGCUAUGUUCCAAUACAUUUUCCUCAAAUAUGUGGUUCUCUAUGAGAAAAUAUUAUGAUACACCUAUAAGGUCAUCGGGUGGGUCUUUUGAGGUAGAAAACUACGAAGUAUUUGAGAUAAUUGAUAGCGACUCUGACCGAUUCUCAAAUGUUGACGAUUUACAUCGCAAUGAACUUUCUGAUCAAUAUUCAUAUAAGUUGUCACUUAUUAAACGGUUGUUUAAAUACAAGCGAUGA